AUGGCGGGCCAACAGAGUCCUACGAGUACAUUACCAUUACCAACCACGAACCUACCGGCAACCUUCAUGAAAGAAAUUACCAGAGAUUUCACUGAUAACCAAGAAGUUGGCCGUUCUGUUUUUGGAACAGUUUAUAAGGGGGUUCUACCGGAUGGUGGCGUGCUUGCUGUGAAGAGGCUUGCUGAAAACGCGCCAGUGGCACCUGGCACUACAUUUGAUAACGAGGUUGCAAAUCUUAUGGCGCUUAAGCACAACAAUAUAGUGCAGCUGGUUGGAUUCUGCCAUGAACCGCAGAAGAAAGUGAUUCAGCAUAGUGGAAGAUAUGUUAUUGUAGACAUGAUCGAAAGCUGUCUAUGCUACGAAUAUCUAGCUAAUGGAAGUCUCGACAAGCACAUCUAUGGCUUGAAACAUGGUCUUUCCAAGGAUAAAUCGGUGUCCAAGAAGAAGUAA